AUGUCGAGCGAACUAACAAACAGCGACUUCCGCCUCAUCUUUGACAACUACGAGAAGGAGAAGAAGGAAAGGGAAAACAACUUGUUGCUGAAGGAACAGAAGAAGUUGAAGAGGAAGCAAAAAUAUAUAACCAAAAAAAAAAAAAGCGAAGAAAAGGAAGAAAAGAAAUAUAGAGACAGAGCAGAAGAAAGAAGAAAAGGAAUUGUAAAAGAUGUUAAGGAUGCAAGUGUGUUAUAUGACAAUGCGAAUAACACAAUUGAUGAGUCGAAAUUCAUGGGAGGAGAUACAGAACAUACCCAUUUGGUUAAAGGGCUUGAUUAUUUACUUUUAAACAAAGUAAGAAACAAAUUAAUUGAUAAAAUAAGCUCAGAGAAGGAAAAAUUAAAAGCAAACAAAACGAGUGAUGGUCGGAUGGCCAACAAAAUACCAACUUUUUCCAACGAAGAAUCGAGGCACAUUUUUAAAUAUUUUUUUCUGUAUGAACAUCCACAUCAUAUACAUUUUAAAAAAAAAAUAGAAAACAUUUACGACAACAUAAUAAAUAACAUGAAAUUUAAAAAUUACAACAAAAAUAUUCACUCCGUUAAUUAUAAGUACAAUAUCAAUAUGGAGGUGGAAAAAAAUGACGUGCCUAUCAGGUACAUAUACAAGGUAGAGGACGUUAAGGUGAAUUAUACUUACCAUUUGGGAGCCUCCAUUUUGGACGAAAUAGACGUAUGCUUUAAAUGGCACAUGGAAAAUAAGAAAAAAAAAAAAAAUGAAAGAUUGCCAAAGAGACCACUAACAGCUGGCCUCUUUCAACAGGAACAGAAUAAUUAUGAGCUUGUCCAAGAGGAUGACGAUGACAUUGAUAUUUUUAAGAACGAUGGGGAUGCGGUUAGCGGUGAUGCGAAGCAGGCGAAUAGCACAGCCACUGCGACGGAUGCUGCGAAUGUUAGGGACAACCACGUAAGAAGCAGCGCAGACGAUGACAACGACGACGAGGAGUAUGACGAAGAGGAUGAAGGUGAUGACGAUGGGAACAAUGGAGAUAGUAAUGAUGACGAUGAUGAUGGUAGUGGCAGCUCAAAUGCCAGUGAUGUGUGA